CAGAGGCACACAGUCAUGCCUGAAGCAGGAUUCCCAAUCACCUUCCACCAAGUGACCUCAGGCAUGAGGGCUCGCAUCCUGUUCAUUUGCCUGCUGGCUGCAACACUUGCUCUCUGUGUAAGUAGCAAAGUGGAAAGUCAUCAUCAUGGAAGACAUAGGACUUCCCAUAAGGCCAAAGAAAAGGACAUUGUCAGUGAGGAGGCCCACAAGGCGGCCAUGGUACCCACUUUAGGGAGUCCUGAAGAGGGCCGCCUGGACAGAGAAGAGGAGGAGGCCAGCUCGGACACGUUUGGGACGGGGAAGGACAAAGGCCAGGCAGUCCUGCUGAGCGAGGAGGAACUGCUCCAUCUUCUCAAGAAGGAAGAGGAAGAAGCGAGCGCCGCUGAAGAGCAAACUGAAGAAAUGAUUCAAGCUGAGAACAAAAGUCAUCAGGACCAAGAGUCCUUCGAGCAGGAGGAUGUUGCUCCCUUGGACCAAGACCAAGGUAGCACAGAGUCCACCAUGGCCACAGACUACGCUGGACCUCCUCUCCAGCUUCUUCCUGGGAAGGUGACAGUCCACAGCCAUGACGUCCAGCCCAAAGUAGGCCAAGAGGAGGUUUUUCAUGACAACAUCACACCACAUCAGGGAGCAGCAGGUCCCCAGAACUCCUGGAACAAAAGCACAGGUUGGAGGAAUGAGGAGAAAGAAGUCUUGGAAGAAGACUCCCAAUUGGAUGAGCCAGGACAUGAGGCUAAUGGAAAAAGGAGGAAAUUAAAGAACAAGCCAAGAACAAGAAAACACUCGCCACAAGGGGAGGAAAAAGAAGAGGGACAAAGCCAAGAGGCACCUGAGGGAGGACACAACAACAACAGCAGCAACAACAACAACAACAGUAGCAGCAGCAACAACAGCAGCAACAACAACAACAACAACAGUAGCAGCAGCAACAACAACAACAGUAGCAGCAGCAACAACAGCAACAGCAGCAACAACAACAACAACAACAACAACAACAACAGCAGCAGUAGCAGCAACAACAGCAGCAGUAGCAGUAGCAACAACAACAACAACAGCAGCAGUAGCAGCAACAGCAGCAGCAGCAGAGCGCAGAAGGCCAAGAGGAGACGAGCGGGACAACGGGGCCCUUCAGUAGGUCUGAACCCAGUGCAGAUAAGAGCCAAAGUGGAUCUCUACCCGAGUGCCAGGCCGUCUCCUCGCCCUGAAGCCCCUCCUGAUCUGUGCGACAACUUCCGCUGCAAGCGAGGAAAGACGUGCCGAAUGGAUGCAGACCACCAGCCCAGCUGUGUUUGUCAGGAGCCAUCGCAAUGUCCCCGCAGCUUGAACCACUUGGACCCCGUCUGUGGGACAGACAACAAGACGUACAACACAUCUUGUGAGCUCUUUGCCACUAAAUGCAAGCUGGAAGGCACCAAGAGAGGACACAGACUCCACCUGGACUACACAGGACCGUGCAAAUUCAUCCCUCCAUGCGUGGACACAGAGUUGGUCCAGUUCCCGCUAAGAAUGAGGGAUUGGCUGAAGAAUGUGCUGCUGCAGCUCUACGAGCAUGACGCCAUGUCCCCCGGCUACCUCACGUCCAAGCAACGCUUCAGAGUGAAGAAAAUCUUUGAGGACGAGAGGCGACUUCACGCUGGCGAUCACUCUGCGGAGCUGCUGGCUCAGGACUUUGAGAAGCACUACAACACGUACAUCUACCCGGUUCACUGGCAGUUUGCUCAACUGGACCAGCACCCGUCUGACAGACUGUUGUCUCACUCCGAGCUGGCCCCCCUACGUGUCCCUCUGGUGCCCAUGGAGCACUGCACCUCUCGCUUCUUCCAGGACUGUGACGCCGACAAGGACAAGCAGGUGUCCUUCACCGAGUGGACUUCCUGUUUUGCCAUCAAAAAGAACGACAUCGACGUCAACCUGCUGUUCUAAAGCUUCAUCUUGUACAGUGGGGAAGGGCUUCCUAUGGCUCCAUCUCGCGUGAGAAGAAGAGGGGCGUUAAUCAGCUUGAAAUGCAGUCUGCUGUAAAUGAUGGAGAGUGCCACUCUACAAAGUAACUGACGCUGUGGUCAAAGUUGGAAUUGCCACAAAACACAGUUUAAGAUAUUUGACACCCUACUGCCAUCUGGCGGCUAAAGUGGAUAGGGUACAACCAAUUUGUCACAUUUCAUGUCUCAGGUACGCCGCAAACAAAGAGGCCAUAUGAAUUUCCGUCUUACUGUAGAUCAGGGGUAGGGAACCUAUGGCUCUAGAUCAUGGGUGUCAAACUCUGGCCCGCCGUGUAAUUUCAUUUGGGCCUUGAGGCAAUAAUAAAUUAACAUUAGAACUGGCCUGCCGGUAUUAUACAGUGGCAGUGCCGCUCUAACACCGCAUUCAAUGCUAAUUCUCAUACUUGCCAACCCUCCCGAUUUUUCCAGGAAAAUCGCAAAUUUUAGCCACCCCCCGCCCCGAAAAUCUCCCGGGGCAACCAUUCUCCCGAAUUUCCACCCGAACAACAAUAUUGGGGGCGUGCCUUAAAGGUACUGCUUUUAGCAUCCUCUACAACCUGUCAUCACGUCCGCUUUUCCUCCAUCCAACAGCGUGCUGGCCCAGUCACGUAAUAUAUGCGGCUUCUACACACACACAAGUAAAUGCAAUGCAUACUUGGUCAACAGCCAUACAGGUCACACUGAGGGUGGCCGUAUAAACAACUUUAACACUGCUACACCACACUGUGAAUCCACACCAAACAGGGAUGACAAACACAUUUCUGGAGAACAUCCGCACCGUAACACAACAUAAACACAACAGGACAAAUACCCAGAACCCCUUGCAGCACUAACUCUUCCGGGACGCUACAAUGUACACCCCCGCUAACAACAAAACUCGAUUUUGCAUGUCACUAUAAAGUUAUAUAAGCCUUGCUUGUUCAAUAUUCAAUGCAAAAUUUGUUUGGGUCCCUAAUAAAAGGUUAAGUUGUUCAACUUUGGCCCGCAGCUUUGUUCAGUUUAGAAUUUUGGCCCACUCUGUAUUUGAGUUUGACACCCCUGCUCUAGAGCCAGAUGUGGCUCUUUUGAUGACUGCAUUUGGCUCUCUGAUAAAUCUGAGCUGACGUUGCGUAACACAAUAAGUAAUGAAUAAUUCCACUUGUAAUCACAGUGUUAAAAAUAAUGUUCAAAAUAUAAAACAUUCUCAUGCAUUUUUAAUCCAGCCAUCCGUUUUCUACCGCACCUGUUCAAGAAGUUGCGUUAAUGGUAAGAAGUUGUUUAUUUAUUAUUGGUUAGUGUGGGGCUUGCCCUCCUGGGGGUUCUUCAAACCCCCAAGCACCGACACGAGAGCCUGUUUCAGGGUUACAAUAUUGUUUUAUUUUUCAAAAAGUCUCUCAGAUGCUUUCCAGCAAUUGUAUUUCCAGCCCCAACCCAGUCUCUCCUCCUGGCUGUUGCUUAUAACAGAGCGACAGGUGAUUAGAUAACAAGGCCCAGGUGGGUCAUCUACGCACCUGUCGCUGCAGGCCCGCAGGCCACGCCCCCUCAACAGUUAGCUUCAGAAUAACAAUGUUACUACAAAGAAUAAGAGACCUAUUAUACUCUAGAAAUGUUGGUCUUACUUAAAAAUGCACGUGUUUAGUUGUGUUCAGUGUUAAAAAAAAGAUUCUAUGGCUCUUAAGGAAAUAUAUUUUUAAAUAUUUGGCUUUUUGGCUCUCUCAGCCAAAAAGGUUCCCGACCCCUGCCCUAGAAUUUAGCCAAGCACAUAUCUGUAAUAUUUUAGCAAGAUUGCUUCAAUAAAUGGCCGCCAUUGAGCAAGCAACCAAAAGCUUCUAUAGUCACUUAGCAACUAAAUGUCAGUGACCAUUUGUCUAAGAAUUAAGAAAAUGUUGAGGAUUUCCAUAUUAUCUGUAUGCUAACAUGUCUCCUGAAGCAUUUUAACGACUCAUUGAGAACGCUAUAAAUGUAAAAAAAACAACUUUUGUUCCACUUCCUGUAUGAGUAAUGCCUUUGUGUACUUUCACUUAUUUCAUUUCCGCCAUUUCAUGCCACUGGUCAGAGACUGUUUUUUUUUAACUGUUUAUUACGCAAUCCAAGCUGGGUAAACAUUUACAGAGCUAAUUAGUGUUGCAGGCUUGAUAAUAAAGAAUGUAAUUGCUGUUGAAUGUAGCGCCUUGCAGCCUUAGGAGACUGCUUGCUUACCUUCGCUUGCUGCCUGUAUCAUUAAACCUGGCGUGGAAAG